AUGAUCUUUUGGACUUUUCAGAAAAGCUCAGCUUCCCCUUCAAAGCCUUUGGCAUUACCAACUCCUGUUCCAUCAUCCCUUGUUGAGGCUACUUCAUCCAAACCGGUUGAUGAUGGGAUCAUGCUUAAAGGUAUAUCUUCAGUCCCAGAUUCUUCAUCACAACUCAUGAAUGAGCCACCUUCCUCCCAGGGCGUCUACCCCCCAAUCACCGAAGCAGAAGAUACUCCCAUGAGUCCGCCCGUUGUGGCAACGUCUUCUCGCUCGGACAAGGGGAAAUCCUCACAAAUGGACGAGUCAUUGGUGGCCAGCUUGGCUGAGGGUGCACCAUCUUCUACGAUCGUCGACGAGUUCAAUCAAUUGGUUGUCUACUUGCUGACCCUCUUUUUUUUGCUAACUGAAGUCCAGGAGGAAGCAUACAAGUAUAUGCUUAACGCUUUGUUGAGUUUAAUUGAGUUGAAAACUUUGAUUAUCCUAAGUAUUGAAGUGUUAGUGAUCAAAUCACUUCAUGUAAAUUUGUAUUUUGAGAAAAUGAGGAAUGAAGGUUUAUUAUUAUUCUGUGUGUCAACUUUUAUGAUAUUAUGUGCCUUAAUUUUCUUGCACGAAAAUUGUACUUCUAUUCCUGACAUUGUUGAUUUAUUCUCUCAAUAUAUUACAUUUCAGGAUCUUAAAACUCUUUUUAAAGAGACAAAACAAGAAGUCCAGUGGGUUCAGUUAGGAUGGGGGAAAGAACUUCAAAGGCUGGAGCACCAUUUUAAGAGCCUUGAAGUGGCUGCUUCUUCUUAUCACAAAAUUUUGGAAGAGAAUCGACUGCUUUACAAUCAAGUCCAAGACCUAAAAGGGACCAUUAGAGUUUUUUGUAGAGUGAGGCCUUUCCUUCCGGGGCAGUUUCGUGACCAAUCUACAGUUGAUUACAUUGGAGAAAAUGGAAACAUCAUGAUUGUUAGUCCCCAAAAGCAGGGUAAGGAUGCAAGGAAGGUUUUCACGUUUGAUAAAGUUUUUGGGGCAAAUGUGACACAAGAACAAAUAUAUGCAGAUACUCAACCAUUGAUCAGAUCAGUACUUGAUGGUUAUAAUGUUUGUAUGUUUGCAUAUGGUCAGACUGGCUCAGGGAAGACAUAUACAAUGAGUGGUCCUGAUUUGACAACGGAGGAGACAUGGGGGGUGAAUUAUCGUGCUCUACGUGACUUGUUUCGCAUUUCAAAGGCAAGAAUGGAUGUCAUAAAAUAUGAGGUUGGAGUCCAAAUGAUUGAGAUAUACAAUGAACAAGUGAGAGAUUUGUUGGUCGUUCAUGGGAGUAAUAGAAGAUUAGACAUCCGCAACAAUUCUCAGUUAAAUGGUCUUAAUGUUCCUGAUGCAAGCUUGGUUCCUGUUACAUGUACUAAAGAUGUUCUUGAUUUGAUGAAAAUUGGACAAAGAAAUCGUGCUGUGGGUGCCACAGCUUUGAAUGAGCGUAGCAGUCGAUCUCACAGCAUUUUAACAAUUCAUGUCCGAGGAAAAGAACUGGUCUCUGGAUCCAUGUUAAAGGGUUGCCUUCACUUAGUAGAUCUAGCUGGAAGCGAGCGAGUAGAUAAAUCUGAAGCUGUUGGUGAGAGAUUGAAAGAAGCUCAACAUAUUAACAGAUCUCUUUCUGCUCUUGGGGAUGUCAUUUAUGCUCUUGCACAAAAGAGUUCUCAUGUUCCCUAUAGAAAUAGCAAGCUUACACAAGUACUACAAGAUUCGUUAGGUGGUCAUGCUAAGACAUUGAUGUUUGUGCAUAUAAACCCAGAGGUCAAUGCUAUAGGGGAAACAAUUAGCACCUUGAAAUUUGCAGAAAGAGUUGCCACUAUAGAUCUGGGGGCAGCUCAAUCUAAUAAAGAAGCCAGCGAGCUCAGAGAAUUUAAAGAUGAGAUCUCAAACCUUAAGCUCGCACUGGAGAGAAAGGAGGCUGAAUUAGAGCAACUAAAAAGUAGGACUAAUAUUCAAGGCAUGCUAUCACCUCUUCGGGUGUCGAAAAAUGGCAAUUGUGUUAAUUCGAAGCCUGAGACUGCUCAGCAACAUGGCUCAGAGGUACGAAGCUGUUCCUCAGGAAAGCAGAGAAGGCCUCGAGUUCCCUCUAAGUUCACUGACAAGGACGUUGUACCAAAAAUGCCUUUUCUAGCUGAAGAGAGAUCAAUGAGCUCCAUUAAGCCUAGAUCCCCGUCUCCUCCUAUUAGGAGAUCAACAUCAACUGAUAGAGGUUCCCUCGUCAGAAGUAGAAACAGACAUGAUGCUCUUGAUAACCCACCUGUCAUGAAACAAGUCUUUCCAUCUUCUAUUUCGGCCAAUAAAUCCGUCACCAACAUACCUGCAAUCACCCCAUCAGCAGCAAAUACACGUCUUUAUCCGGGUUCCCAAGAGCCAAUAAAGCAGGAUAAUGUUUCUGAUUUAUUCAACAGCCUCCAAAGGGCCACGACUCGGAAAGUUCACCUGGAAAAGGAAGAUGAACAAUUUAAGCAAGCACUAAAUGUACGGCAAGGUGGCAUCAGAAAAAGCAAACCCGAGAGUAAAGUCAGGUCCAAACAUCAGUUGCCAGCUAAGAAUCAAAAGUCUGACAUUGCAGAGACACUUUCUGAUAUGGAUAAUGGCAAAAUGCUGGAGGCUAAAAAAACAGAUUUUUCAAAUCCUGAAAAUGAGCCUGUUCAGUUGCCAGUAUGUGGUACAACAAGAACACAUAAGCUUCAUAGAAGCUUCUCAAGGAGCUCUCAGCAUCUUGAGCCGAGAGAACCAGCACAAUUGGUGGAACCCUCAUUGGCCGGGUACCAUGAAAAUAAAUUUCCCAACAGUGUACUUCAGAAUGUAAAGGAAGCCGGCAAUUCAUCAGUGCCUGAAUUUCGGAGGAGCAGAUCUACACCUAGAGGAAAAUUCAUGGUUUGACCUUAACAAAUUUAGAGUAUGUGAUCAUGAAUGUACAGAAUCUCCUUAAGUUUUGGAUCCAUUUUGCAUGGUCUUCAGGGUUGGGAACUUGAAUGGUAUCAGGCGAAUAUUAGAGACCUGCUCCUUCCUUUUAUACAAGUUUUGAAGCUUGUCUUCUAUACGGUCAAUGCUCUAAUUUUUCGAGAUUGUCUUGUCUUUCUUGAUAUGUAAUUCAUAUGAGAUAUUUUACAGUUUUCCCUUACUUAAACUGAAAGAUAUUGUUACCCCCACAAAAAACAGGAAAAGAAGAUGAGUGCAUGAAUUGAGUUAUUGAUAUAAAUAUAAGCUUUUGAAGGAUGGAAUGA